AUGAGCUAGUCUCACUCACCCACGACCACGAAGCGAAGCUGCGAAGUGACUGGGCCACAGAGUACUCCUCAAAUGUGACCAGUGCCCCAAGUCAGUUUUAGUCGAACCUCCAGUCUUAAAGCUUGAUGAAUGUUACUUUUAUUUAUCAAAAAUGGUUCGUCUUAGCCAUGAAGUCUAUAUUCGAAGAAGCAAUUUGUCAGCUGUGCCUACAAGUUGAUGUAAAACUUUUUAAAAUAAGCGACGUACAACAUGUAUUCAUUGAAAGUAUUCUGAAACUAAAUGAUAUUCACUAUGUACCAAGUGAGAAUCUUUCCGUAUGUCCCAUAUGCAUGGCUCUCUUAGUGAAGACCUUUAAUUUUGUACAAACAGUUUGGAAAGCUCAAGAGAUUGUCUAUGAUUUUUUACAAAGCGUUAAUAUGAUAACCAAGUCUUCACUUCGACUCCUGGAUAGACAUAAAAUUGGAUUAAAUCCUGUGAAACUAAAAUCAAAGGCCAUUACAAUAACUAAAGUUGUAUAUGACGUUUGUAACUCUGAAAAUAUAGAUAUCAAUAAUACUUUAGAUGUAGACCCAGAAGAACACCAUUCAAUCAGCAGAAACACAAAUAAAUCAUUAUUAAGUGUUGUUAUAAGUGGCAAUAAAGAAGGAGUUGUAGAACAAAAUGAAGGUGAAGAACUAGUUGCUAUUUGCCCUGUAGACCGUAGUGAUACCACAUCAAGCCCUCUUAUACCAGUAAUUAAUUCAAAUAGUCAUACAUUUGAUUUAAGGGCAACAGAAUGUGCAAGUCUAAAAGAAUGCAAUGAAGCACCAGUUGAUAUUACCAGUGAAGACAGCAGUAAUAUCACAAAAGAAUCUGCUUUACCAGUAAUUAAGCCGAACACCAUAAGUAUAGACUUAGGUGAAAGUCUAAAUGAAUGCAAUGGAGCAUCAAUCAGCAAGAACCAUGAAGAUGAUGGUGAUGACACAAAAUACUCUUUUUCACCAAUUAAGUCUAACCUUGAAGUUGUCAGUACAAUAAAAUGUGAAAGUCUAAUUGAAAAUUGUGAAGAAUCAGCUGGUAUUAACCAAGGAGAUGACAGUAAUGACUCUCUCAUACCAGUUGAGUUAAAACUUGUUACAAUAGACUUAGCUGUAGAAGAAUAUGACAGUUUAAUUGAAAGUAAUAAAGCAGCAACUGGUGUUAGCCAUGAAGAUGAUGGUAAUGACACAAAUGAUCCUCUUUUGUCAGUUAUCAAAUCAAACCCUGUUUCAUUAGAUAUAGAUAACUAUCCAAACACAACACAAAUUAGAUUUCAGAAGAAGACAAAAGCAACAAUAAAAAAGAAAAAAAAAAAGAUUGAUAUUGAAUUUGAACCUGAGUCGCCAAGUGAAGAUGAAAAGAAGCAGUUGGAAAAAGAUGGUAAUUACAUGCCUUCUGAGGACUCCACCAGCCACUCUGAAGACUCUGCAUAUGAUGAUUUUGAUGAUAAUGGCAAAAAAAUUGCGAAACCAAGACAUGGAUUGGCAUAUCCACGGCAAUGUGACAACUGUAAUUACGAAGUGCCGCGACAUUAUGAACACUUUCGUCAUUAUAUUUUUAUGCAUCCCAAUAUCCCGUACCCGUAUGGAGAAAAAAAAGAAUAUGCGUGUUCUGUUUGCGGUAAAAUGACGACACGCGCGAAAAUAAAUUCCCAUGAAUUAAGUCACAUUAAUCAAAAUUUGCAGUGUCCAAAAUGCCCAAAAAAGUUUAAGAAUAACCAAAAUUUGUAUUCUCAUAUGAUAAGUACACAUGCAAAACAGAAAGUAAUUUGUGAUUAUUGUUCCAAAGCAUUCAAUACCAAAGGUGAUUUACGGCGACAUUUGCGUAUUCAUACCGGAACAAAACCUUUCAAAUGCCAUAUUUGCGAUGCUGCGUUCGCCCACAGCGGCAAUAGAAUUGUUCAUAUCCGUAGCGCACAUCAAAACAUUAAAUAUGUCCCUAAGAAAAAAGUGAAAAAAGACCAGAAAGCAAAAAGCAAGAACAAACAUAGUACAUACGAUAGCAAUGAGUCCAGUGAUGAGGGAACAUUAGUAAAAAGGAGAAAGCGUUCAAAACCAACUUCCAAGUCUCGAAAAAGAAAAAAUAAUGUUGAAAGCAAGAAGAAAUUAAAACCAAUUAAGAAGAUGUCAGUUGCUGCGAAAGAAAAUAUACAGAAUAAAGACACAAACUCGGAGUCAGAAGACGAAUUGCUGUCUGACAUUAAACUGAGAAAAACUUUUAAUGAAUAAGAUAUCUCAUCUCUCGAGCCUUUUCCCAACUUUGUUGGGGUCGGCUUCUAGUCUAACCGGAUGCAGCCGAGUAACAAUACCCCUUGGUUCGACUUAAAACUCUCGUACUCAGCUGCAUCCGGUUUGACUGGAAUCCGACCCCAACAUAGUUUGGAAGAGGCUCGGGAGAUUAUCAUGACGAGAUAUUCCAAUAUUUUGAUCACUCAUAGUUUUUAAGAGAAUAAUAUUUUUUUGUUAAUUAAAAAACAAUUUUAUCACAAAA